GAGCCGCGCCGGAAGUGACGUGGCGGUUGCCGGAAGCGCUGCGACGGCCGGCGCCAUGACGGCGGGCGGGCGGUGAGGAGGGCUCCUCCCGGGCUGCGGCGGCAUGGCGCACAUCACCAUCAACCAGUAUCUGCAGCAGGUACAAGAAGCCAUCGACAGCAGAGAUGGACAAUUUUGCGCAGAAUUGGUAUCAUUUAAACACCCUCAUGUCGCAAACCCAAGGCUUCAGCUUCCAUCUCCAGAGGAGAAGUGUCAACAAGUGUUGGAACCACCAUAUGAUGAAAUGUUUGCAGCCCACUUAAGAUGUACUUACGCUGUUGGAAACCAUGACUUUAUAGAAGCAUACAAGUGCCAAACAGUUAUAGUUCAGUCUUUCCUGCGAGCAUUUCAGGCACAUAAAGAAGAAAACUGGGCCUUACCUAUUAUGUAUGCUGUAGCCCUUGAUCUUCGAAUUUUUGCUAAUAAUGCAGAUCAACAGCUAAUGAAGAAAGGGAAGAGCAAAGUUGGUGACAUGUUGGAAAAAGCAGCAGAACUGCUGAUGAGCUGUUUCCGAGUCUGUGCCAGUGACACUCGAGCAGGCAUUGAAGAUUCCAAAAAGUGGGGCAUGUUGUUUCUUGUGAAUCAGCUGUUCAAAAUUUAUUUUAAGAUCAACAAGCUCCAUCUAUGUAAACCUUUAAUUAGAGCAAUUGACAGCUCAAAUCUGAAGGAUGAAUACAGUAUGGCACAGCGAGUUACAUACAGAUACUAUGUCGGACGCAAAGCCAUGUUUGACAGUGACUUUAAGCAAGCUGAGGAGUACCUGUCCUUUGCCUUUGAGCACUGUCACCGCUCAAGCCAGAAAAACAAAAGAAUGAUUUUGAUCUACCUGCUGCCAGUAAAGAUGUUGUUGGGCCAUAUGCCAACCAUUCAGCUCUUAAAAAAGUACGACCUUAUGCAGUUUGCUGAAGUAACAAAGGCUGUGAGUGAAGGCAAUCUUCUCCUACUGAACGAUGCGCUGACAAAGCAUGAGACCUUCUUCAUUCGAUGUGGAAUCUUUCUUAUCCUUGAGAAGCUGAAAAUCAUCACAUACAGAAAUCUCUUUAAGAAAGUAUAUUUACUACUCAAAACACACCAACUAUCGCUGGAUGCCUUUCUGUUUGCUCUGAAGUUCAUGCAAGUAGAUGAUGUUGACAUUGAUGAAGUCCAGUGCAUUUUAGCUAACCUUAUUUACAUGGGUCAUAUUAAAGGCUAUAUAUCUCACCAGCAUCAAAAGCUUGUUGUCAGUAAGCAGAACCCAUUUCCUCCGCUGUCAACGGUGUGUUGAGUGUUGCAUCUUAGCCGUGCAAGUACUUUUCGGAUACACAGCUCGCCCAGUGGAGCUGCUCCUAAUCAGCCAGGGAACAUUGUAAAUGACCUGGGUCGUGUCCAGGACUGGAAUACCAGGAACUGUUUGUGGCUCCUUUCCCAGAAUGACCAAGGCUGCCAGUGUAACAAAGUGCAUUGGAAUGAAAUAUUUUUCAGUGAUAGUUUCUGCAGGCUUUCUAGAUCAUUCGAAGUAUCUUACGAAGAAAUAAAAGCAAAGCAUUCCAAACUCCUUCCAAAGUACUUAAAAGCUUUUACGAAGUACUGUGUUACUAUUUCUGCGUUUAUCUUUCGGAAAAUAAAAGUAUCAUCCUUUGGUAGAUACAGUAAUCCAG